UUUGUUGUGAUCAUUGGAGUGUUUGCAAUGGGGCAAACGUCUCCCAACAUUCAGACAUUUGCUAGUGCCCGCGGAGCUGCCUAUAAGGUGUACAACAUCAUCGAUCAUAAUCCAACUAUCGACAGUUAUUCAGAGACUGGGUUUAAGCCGGACCCGAUCAAAGGAAACAUAGAGUUCAGUAACAUCCACUUUAGCUACCCGUCCAGGCCUGAUGUCACGAUAUUAGACCAAAUGUGCUUAAGUGUGAGCAGUGGACAGACCAUGGCGUUGGUUGGUAGCAGUGGAUGUGGUAAAAGCACUACGAUCCAGCUGCUGCAGAGGUUCUACGAUAUUCAGGAAGGAUCUGUAUCUAUUGAUGGCCAUGACAUCCGCUCUCUUAACGUGCGCUACCUCAGGGAACUGAUAGGGGUGGUGAGCCAGGAGCCCAUCCUUUUCGCCACCACCAUCUCCGGGAACAUCCGCUACGGCAGACCUGACGUGACACAAGAGGAGAUUGAAACUGCUACCAAGGAGGCCAACGCUUACGACUUCAUCAUGAACCUUCCUGAUAAAUUUGAGACACUUGUUGGUGACAGAGGAACUCAGAUGAGCGGAGGCCAGAAGCAGAGGAUUGCAAUUGCUAGAGCAUUGGUCCGCAAGCCCAAAAUCCUUUUAUUGGAUGAAGCAACGUCUGCACUGGAUGCUGAGAGUGAGACCAUUGUGCAAGCUGCGCUAGAUAAGGUGCGUCUGGGUCGUACCACUCUGGUUGUGGCUCACCGCCUCUCCACAAUCAGAAAUGCUGAUGUGAUUGCAGGCUUCCAGAAAGGUAAAGUUGUAGAACUGGGCACUCACAGUGAGUUGAUGGACAAAAAAGGAGUCUACCACACGCUGGUCACCAUGCAGACCUUCCAGAAAGCGGAGGAGGGGGAAGAUGAGGACGAGCUGUCAGCAGGUGAAAAAAGUCCCAUUAAAGACAUCAUGGAGUCUCCUCUGCUGAGGAGGAAAUCUACAAGAGGCUCUUCAUUCGCUGCUUCGACUGGAGAGAAGGGAGAGAAAAAGCUAAAGGAUGAGGAGGACAGUUUGGACGAGGAAGAAGACGUCCCCAUGGUGUCGUUGUUUAGGGUGCUGCUUCUAAAUGCUUCUGAGUGGCCUUAUAUUUUAGUAGGGCUAAUUUGUGCCAUCAUAAAUGGAGCGAUGCAACCUAUCUUUGCCGUCCUCUUCUCCAAGAUUAUCACUGUGUUUGUGGAGACAGAUCAGGACCUUGUCAGAAAAAGAGCCAACUUCUUUUCUCUCAUGUUCGUUGUAAUGGGAGUCGUUUCCCUUUUCACCAUGUUUCUACAGGGAUUCUGUUUUGGAAAAUCUGGAGAAGUUCUCACCUUGAAGCUGAGGCUGGGGGCCUUCAAGGCCAUGAUGAGACAGGAUCUUGGGUGGUUUGAUAACCCCAAAAACAGUGUUGGGGCGCUCACUACAAGACUGGCUACAGAUGCAGCCCAAGUUCAGGGGGCCUCAGGUGUACGCCUGGCGACAUUCGCCCAGAACUUUGCCAACCUCGGCACCGGUGUGAUCCUGGCGUUUGUGUACGGCUGGGAGCUGACUCUGCUGAUUCUGGCCGUGGUGCCUGUCAUUGCUCUGGCCGGAGCCGUGCAGAUGAAAAUGCUCACCGGGCACGCAGCGGAAGACAAGAAGGAGCUCGAGAAGGCUGGAAAGAUUGCAACAGAGGCUAUAGAAAACAUACGCACCGUUGCCUCUCUCACAAGAGAACCAAAGUUUGAGUCCUUGUAUCAGGAAAAUCUGGUAGUUCCCUAUAAGAACUCCCAGAAAAAGGCCCAUGUGUACGGCUUUACCUUCUCCUUCUCCCAGGCUAUGAUCUACUUUGCCUAUGCAGCUUGUUUCCGUUUUGGAGCCUGGCUCAUCAUUGAAGGAAGGAUGGAUGUGGAGGGAGUAUUCCUUGUGAUUUCUGCCGUUCUGUUCGGAGCCAUGGCGGUCGGAGAAGCCAACUCUUAUGCUCCAAACUACGCCAAGGCCAAAAUGUCUGCUUCCCACCUCAUGAUGCUGUUGAACAAAGAGGCAGAGAUUGACAACCUUUCAGAGCAGGGAGAGUCACCGGAUACAUUUGAGGGUAACGUGACCUUCGAUAUGGUGAAGUUUAACUAUCCUACACGGCCAGACGUGCCCGUCCUGCAAGGCCUGAAUCUGAGUGUGAAGAAAGGAGAGACUCUGGCCCUUGUUGGGAGCAGCGGCUGUGGAAAGAGCACCACCAUCCAGCUGCUGGAGAGGUUCUACGACCCCAGAGAGGGCCGAGUGGUGAUGGACAGCAUUGAUGUGAAACAGCUGAACAUCCACUGGCUCAGAUCUCAGAUUGGCAUCAUGUCCCAGGAACCGGUGCUCUUCAACUGCACGCUGGCGGAAAACAUCGCCUAUGGCGACAACAGCCGCAAGGUGACCAUGGAGGAGAUAGAGGCAGCUGCAAAAUCUGCCAACAUUCACAGCUUUAUAGAUGAAUUGCCUCAGAAAUACAACACUCAGGCGGGCGAUAAGGGAACGCAGUUGUCUGGUGGUCAGAAGCAGCGAAUAGCCAUCGCCAGGGCCAUCCUCCGCAACCCUAAAGUGUUGCUGCUGGAUGAGGCUACCUCUGCUUUGGACACAGAGAGUGAGAAGGUGGUGCAGGACGCCCUGGACCAGGCCAGCAAAGGCAGAACGUGCAUCAUCGUGGCGCAUCGUCUGUCUACUAUCCGGAACGCCGACCGCAUUGCCGUCUUCCAGAGAGGCGUGGUGGUUGAACAGGGGACGCAUCAUCAGCUGCUAGCAAAGAAGGGAGUCUACCAUAUGCUGGUCACUACACAGCUGGGCCACGGGACAGAGUGAGGGGACGGUGGGAGUCACUAUUUGUCCUGUUGAGGGAUUUAAAGGAACUUAGAGGAGCACUUUCUGCCUUCUUUUAGGUUGUUUUACAUUAAUGCACUUUCACUGAUUUAUGCUCAAUGAUUUCAGUGAAACAACUGGGACUGAAAAAGAUGGCUAUGCCUCGUUAGUUACACUGUUUUAAGUUUAACUGCUGUUAUUUGCUGCUGUCACCUUAUAAAACUUUUUGAAAACAAAAAUAUUUUCCUUGAGAAAGUAGAAAAACUGGAUUGUAUUUGUCCGUUUCUUAGAAGAAAUGUUGAAGACUCACAUUUCAUUUUCUUUUAAGCAUGACAUCAGUUUAUCUAUCAGAUUAACUAAAAUGGUGCUCAUAAAACAACUAUGAUUGAUCUGAUUCAAUAAACUUGUGAAAUUAUAGAUUUAAAGCAGAUUUGAUUUGCAAUAAAUGUCCAGAUUUGGUUUAAAUCUGGUCUUUAUCAUAGAUCCCCUAACUCUCAUAUGAUUAGCUUUAUUUUUUAUGUCAAAUCUACCAUUUGCUUUAAUGUAAGCCUCAUACCUCUAUGCUUACCUGCAAACUGUGGCACAUUUUUAAACUUUAAGAUAUUGAUCACCACACAUUGCUCUUUAAAAAAACAAGUCUGGCAUAUAAUUUACCAUGUAAAGCUGUGGAUCUCCAAAUUGGGGCUGAGGCCCCUUUUGUGGUUCUUGAGAUGCUCUCCAGACAUCAGAUAUGUAAAAAUGCUUGUUUAUAGCAGAUGUCAUAAUGAAAAGUGUUGGAUUGACAUAACUGACAUAAUUGUGGAGAAAGCAGAAUACAUUAUUCCUUCCUUAAACUUCCACAAUGCCAGCAUCUGUUUACUUCAGCAGUCUUUGUUUAGCAGGUUAAUAGAUUGAGGGACACUCCUGUUUGAAUGCUUUUAAUCUGGUUGACUCAGGUGUCAUAUAAACUGAUCAG